UUCGUACCAAUUGGACUAAUUACUCUUUAAUUACUUCUCCUUGAGAAACGCAUGUAUUGGUGGAUACCACUUGGGAGGCUCGUGGAGUCUAUUUGGUGAAGGGCAGCAGCUUGGAGAAGUAAAAUGAAAAACAGAAUGUAUGGCUUUGUGUAGAGAUUUUAGUAAAAAUGUGAGUAGGCACCGCGAAAGGUUGUUUUUUAAAAUUGUGGAAUUUACUGAGUUUGAAGACAAGGUGGAAAGUUGCAUUAAAUUGUUUUUUAAAUUUUCCUAACAUUUACCAUCUUAUGUAAAAAUAUGGGCUAAAUAACAUCAGCCCAAGAGGUGGAUUUUAGGUAAAAUAAUUUUUGCACUUAGCAAAAGUCUACAUGGAGGAAAAUUAGAAAGGAGCUUAUUUUGAAUUCUGUUAAUACGGUGAAUAUUGUAUUGAAAAUAACUUGGUUCAGGUACUAUAAAUGUACAUUCAGAUAUAAAAAGUGUAAACUGUGGUAAUUAAUUUUUCUUAGUAUUAACCUCCGCUGUAUCAGCAACUCAAAGUAAAAUAUCUCAUUUGUCUGAAAAUUAUACUUAUUUUACUUAGGUGUUUCACAUAGUGCCUGAUUAUGGAGGGGGCUAGGGACAGAACUGCAGAAUUAUCCAGUUUUGUUCCUUUUUCAUUUAGAAUGUUCUUGUUCUUUGGUUCAGUUUGGUGAAUGUGAGUACCUAUGAAAUAAAAAUAGUCAUGUAAAAUUGGGGGUUAGAGUCUCUUGGACCAAAAGCUUAAUGGCAGUAACUGAGGAGGCAGCAAAAGAGGAGAUCCUGUUACUCCAGUUCUUUUACGUUUUCCUAUACAUUUAAAAAGUAUUUGUGGGAUAGUUGAGAGUGGAAGUGAGGCUGAGAUGGGGGGGAGGAGAGUAGGUAUGUGUGAAGGUUGCAAAGUUUAGGUUGGGGUCAGGAGAAGAGGCAGGAUUUAUGUGUGAGUUUGUUUUGAUGCUGUUUUCUGUAAAUACCUGUAUUGGGAAUUUAAUUUCAUACAGUUUUUAGCAUGUGGGAUUAAUAUAGUCAUGAAGCAGACUUAUAUAGCUCUCCAGUAUUAAAUUUUUUUUUCAAUUUUCAGCUAAUCCUAAAAUUCUACUAAAUACAAUUUGCUAAUAAUUUAUCCUAGAACUCCCAAGUUUUCCUAGACAGAAAUAGUUUUCUACCUUGUGUUACCUGAACUAAAAAUUUCACUGAACAUUCGGUGUUUUUUAAAAUGCGUUGAGUUCUCAAGCAAAUGGUACUUUAGUUUGAAGAAGUAAAUUAAUACAGGUGAACUGAUUUGGAUCAGAAUCCCAAGAAAACAAGCAGAUAACUUAGAGGACACAAAACAGAUUUUAUGACAGAUUUCAACAGAGGAAAGGAACUAGUUAAAAAGAUUUCGCAGGAAAAACCAUUGUUGAUGCUUGAUUGGCUUCAAAAGAAAUUUACUGAUCAAAUUUUAGAACAGAUAACUCACCAUCAUAAAAGAAAAUCUGAAUGUUGGCUUAAACAAAAACAUAAUUAGGAAAAUAAGUCUUGCCCAAAGCUACAUAUGAUAAAUUCCAAAGCCAGAUGUCAAUUUUUUCCUGAUUGUCUUGUGUUGUAGACAAUCUGUUAUUUGUAUGCAUUUCAUUAUCCUUGAUGAUUAAGGGUUGGCUAUGUGAAAGAGGUUUAUAAAGGUUGGCUGAAUUUAAAGAAGCAGGCUCAGAUUUUAAGAAGAGGCACUUCUCAUAUCCAGAUGGAUUGAGAUGGGGAGUUAGAAUUUUAACUCAAAUAAAUAACUGUAGGAAACAGUGGCUCAAAAGAAGGAUGUAAGAUUACGUUGGACAGGUACAAAGAAAUAAUAAAAGCUUGCUAGGGGUGUGAUCAGUAAGGAAGGGAAUGGAAUAAUCUUGGCAUUAAAAGAAAGAGGAAUAAAUGGGAAAAUGCCCUCAACCUCAGCAACAAGAGAGAGUAAUGAAACUUCACGCCCUUCUUGAUUUGGGUUAGAAACAUCAUUAUAGUUAUUGCCAAAAAGUCACAAGAUUUUUUAUUACAUUAAAAAAUGUAGUCCAGGCAUGGUGGCUUACUCCUAUAAUCCCAGCACUUUGAGAGACUGAGGCAGGAGGAUCACUUGAGCCUGGGUGUUGAGACCAGCCUGGGCAACAUAGACCUUGUCUCCAUAGAAAAUCAAAAAAUUAACCAGGUAUGGUGGUACACAGCUGUGGUCUCAGCUACUCGGGAGGCUGAAGUGGGAGGAUCUCCUGAGCCCAGGAGGUCAAGGCUGCAGUGAAGUAUGAUUUCACCACUGCACUCCAGCCUGGGCAACAGAGCAGCAAGACCCUAUCUCCAAAAAAAAAAAAAAAAAAAAAGAAAAAUUUAAUCUUGAGGGAGAGUGAUGGAUACAUUAUGUGCAUUAAUUAUAUGAGAAUGUCAAAUUUAAAAUUCUCAGAAAUAAAAAAGAUUCACUGUAAUCUCAUGGCCUAUUUUGAGUUAUUUGGAAGGGAGGGAUACAUUAUAAAAAAUUGAAAUUAUUAUUAUCAUUUUUUGAGAUGAGUUUCACUCUUGUUGCCCAGGCUGCAGUGCAGUGGCGUGAUCUCAGUUCACUGCAACCUGUCUGCCUCCCAGAUUCAAGUGAUUCUCCUACCUUGGCCUCCUGAGUAGCUGGUAUUACAGGUAUGUGCCACCACGCCUGGCUAAUUUUGUAUUUUUUGUAGAGAUGGGGUUUCUCCAUGUUGGUCAGGCUGGUCUCCAACUCCUGACCUCAGGUGAUCCAUUCACCUCAGCCUCCCAAAGUGCUGGGAUUACAGGCCUGAGCCACCAUGUCCCGCUAAAAAGCUGAAAUUAUUAACUGAAUUUCUGGAUUAACUACCAGUAUAAAUCAAGCAAAACAUUUGUUAAUAGUAUAGUAUUUACAUGUGCUGAGAUGGAUGCCAAAAGUUGGGGACAUUGGUCCAUGUUCUUAGGGAGAACAGGAUUUUAAGAAUUUUAGGGGAGAUGCAUAUGCAAAUGAAAGGAACUAGUUAAUAAGAUUUCACAGGAAAAACUAGUUCAUGCUUGAUUGGCUUUAAAAUAAAUUUUAAAUAAAAUUUAAAAGAAAUUUUAAAGAAUUUGGCACUUGCCAAAUUCAAGUACAAAAGAGAAAGAGGGCUCGAGGAGGUAAUCUUCAUAGAGAUAAUAGAGUUUGACCCUGGCCUUAAAGAUUGGUUAACAUGUGUAUGGAGAGAAGGAAGUGGGGGAGGUCAAAGGCGGAAGCUAUUCAUCAUCUCAUUCAGCAAAUUACCAAGUGGUAGACCCUGGCUAUACAGUGGAAAAUAAGAGAACGUUUUUGCCUGUAUGUAACUUACAUUCUAGUGGGAGAAGACAGGGCAGUAAACCAGAAAAGACAAUCGCAAGUUAACAGUACAUUAAAAAAGUGACGUCAAAUAGUGGUCAGUAGUGAAGAUAAUGAUCAGGGUCAAUACAUGACAUUUAUUCUGUGAAUCACCUGCUUUGCCUUUGAUAGCCUAAUGAAUAGUGUUCAUGUUGUAACUUUUUAAUAUUCAUGUGCAGUCCAAACGAAUCUGAAUAGAAAUCACAUUAACUUUAGCUUUUUAAAAAAGAAAUGUGAAUUAAAGAAAAAGAAACCUAUGUGACUUUUUUUUAGGUCAGGCAUGGAAAUUUAGAUUUUUUUUUUAAUGCCUCAUUAAGUUAUCCACAAUUCUUUUGCUGCCGUUUGCUAAGAAUCUCAUGUUUUUUACAAUAGGAUUAAUAUGAUUGUUUACUGUUCAGUUAGCGUUUUCAUGUAUUGGGAUAUAUUCUUAGGUUAGACUCUCUGUUAGGAAAAAUAGUCACAAUAGUUUCAUAAAGUGAAGCUAAAUUUCAAAGAUAGUUUGUUUUGUAUGAAAACAUUCAAUAUUUCAGACAAUAUAUACAGACAAUAAACUUGGGCUUAAUUACAAAUAGACAAAAUAGGGUAAGGGAUGACACCUGUUUAGCUCUUGUCCCUGUGGCAUAUUUUUUCCUGUAUUUCUAUAAAUAGUAAAAACCUGAAGCAAAAAUGUUCCAAAGUGGGGAAGUCUUGAUUUUCCUGUAGUUAUUUGACUGCCAGAUUUGUUUUGUUAUUGUUUAGAAGAUGGCCUUCAUAGUGGUCAACUAAAAACUGAUAUUAUCAGGAGCUAUUUCAUGCGUUAGGGCACAUUUUGUUCUUCUCAAGCAUUCUUUAAGAAAUACGUGCCCUUCUUCACUCUUUCUGUAGUUUUAAACUUAAUUGGUUUAAGAGAUGAGGUCUCUCUCUGUCACCAGGCUGAAGGGCAGUAGAGCGAUCAUAGCUCAGUGUAGUCUGAAACUCCUGGCUUCAAGCAGUCCUCCUGCCUUAGUCUCCCAAAGUGCACGGAUUACAGGCAUGAGCCACUGUGACGAGCAAAACUUUUUUAUAGGUGAAAUUAAGGUAAAGGAUUUUAAAAAGGGUUGAUAUUAAAUGUAUCUAUAGAACCAAAUCCCUCAAGAAUUAUUCUGUAUGCACCUAACCAAUUUUCAUCUGCAAUAUACUUGAGAUAAACCUAUGGGAAACAAUUUUAAGACAAGCUAGGAAAUUCUUUUUUUAUUUUUUUGAGACAGAGUUUUUGCUUGUUACCCAGGCUGGAGUGCAAUGGCGCGAUCUUGGCUCACCGCAACCUCUGCCUCCUGGGUUCAGGCAAUUCUCCUGCGUCAGCCUCCCGAGUAGCUGGGAUUUCAGGCACGCGCCACCAUGCCCAGCUAAUUUUUUUUUUUUUGUAUUUUUAGUAGAGACGGGGUUUCACCAUAUUGACCAGGAUGGUCUCGAUCUCUUGACCUCGUGAUCCACCUGCCUCGGCCUCCCAAAGUGCUGGGAUUACAGGCUUGAGCCACCGCGCCCGGACAGGAAAUUCUUUAGUGCUCUCUUGCUUUCCUCCUACACUAAAUGCUUAUUUUAUUUUAUUUUGUUUUGUUUUGAGACAGGAUCUUGCUCUGUUGCCCAAGCUGGAGUGCAGCGAUGUAAUCAUAGCUCACUACAGCCUGGACCUCCUUGGUUCAGGGGAUUCUCCCACCUUAGCCUCCCAAACAGCUGGGAUUAUAAGCAUGAGCAACCACACCAAGCUAUUUUUUAUUUUUUGUGGAGACAGGGUCUUGCUGUGUUGCCCAGCCUGUCUUGAACUGCUCAAGUAAUCCUCCCACCUCGGCCUCCCAAAGCAUUGGGAUUGCAGGUGUGAGCCACCAUGCUUGGCCUUAAUUUAGAAAAGAAUUAUAGCUGUAAGUGCUGUGGGUUUGUGGUAGGUGUGAUAAAAGUUAACAUGACUUGCACUCCUCAAAAAUAUUUGGGAAAGACAAAAAUUCAGUUUGUUUUAAUGUCUGUGUAAUGUUGUGAUUGGGCAAAUUGUAUUUAUAGAAAAAAUAAAUUAUAAUGGUAUGGCAAGACAAUAAUAUAGCCAUUAUUUUACUUAAAUGGGGAAAGAUGUGGAGAGAAGUAUAUGCUACUUAUGGUGUACGUUGUAUACUAAUUUUUAAAAUAUACACUUUAUAUCCUAGGAUAGUGCCCAGUAGAGUAGGCUUUUGAAAAUGUUUGCCUAAUAAUUUUAAUCAGUUCUUAACAACUGUUGCUUUUAUAGCAGUUCCAUUAUAUCUCUAGCUUAGAGCACUGUUUUUUGAGCUUUCAGUUGCAACUUGCAAGGUGUUGACUUGCAGUCUUGGGCAGGGUCUCUCGUUUGAGCCAUAUGCUCACUCUAGAACUCGUGACCUCACCUCCAGCUUUGACCCUGCCGCUGACCUGACUUUCCUCCUUUCCAAAACCUUUUUCUGCUCAUAGUGUUUCCAGUUACCUUUUUUUGCUCAUAGUGUAGCAGCUCCUUCCCUCUCCGAGCAUCUGAGCUGUGUCCUCUUCGCAUCACUUCUCAGAAUACUAAGGUAUACGUAUUGCCAUGCUGGCUUAUUUUGUAGUGGGUUUAUUUUUUGUUGUUGCUUGUUUUAUUUUGUGUUGUUGUUUGAGUGGUAGAGAAGCAAAUUCCUGGGGAAGAUAGUUCUUGACUGGUUUUGUAAACUGUACAUAGUAUAUGAAACAUGAUAUUAUUUCCUCUUCCUUCCUAGCUUUACUUAAAUAUCUUGGAUUCACUUGAAAAAGAAUUGGUAAGAAUGAUAAUUUGAUAAUACAACCAACCAAAAACUAACAGACUUUUUUUUGAGAAAAUUGGAAAACUUGAAAAUGGAAUAUAUAUUAGGUGAUAUUUAAUAGUUAUAACCAUAAUGUUUUCAGCUAUAAUAGUGGUAUUGUGGUUGUGUUAAAAUAUUCUCAUGUGUUAAAAAUACAUAUGGAUGUACUUACAGACAAAAUAAAGUGAUGCCUAAUAUUUGUUUUAAAAAACUUCAGGUUAGGCACAAACAGAAGUGGGAAAUGAAUAAAAGAGUAUUGGUAAAUUUUUGAAAAUUGUUGAAGCUGGGUAAUGGGUAUGUUGGGGUUUUUUAUUUUCUGUACAUUUGUGUAUAUUUGGAAAUGUCCCUUAUAAUGAGUUAAAAUAUAUAACCAAUUAUAACUGUAGGGUGGAAGAAAUUUAAUGCAAUAAAAUUAUGUUGUUGGGCUGGGUGUGAUGGUUCAUUCUUGUGAUCCCAGCACUUUGGGAGGCUGCGGUGGGAGGAUCGCUUGAGGCCAGGAGUUUGAGACCGGCCUGGGUAGCAUGGUGAGACUCCAUCUCUGCAAAAAUAAAAUAAAAUAAAAUGAUAUGCAUGGACAUUUGAGCUAAUUGGCUAAUUGAAAGUCUGCACUCGGCUUUUUUUUUCUUUUUUGAGACCAAGCCUUAUUCUGUUACCCAGACCUGGAGUACAGUGGCACAAUCUUGGCUCACUGCAACCUCCGCCUCCAGGGUUCAGACUAUUCUUCUGCCUCAGCCUCCCAAGUAGCUGGGAUUACAGGCAUGCGCCACCACACCCAGCUAAGUUUUGUAUUUUUAGUAGAGAUGCGGUUUCACCAUGGUGGCCAGGCUGGUCUUGAACUCCUGAUCUCAAGUAAUCCGUUUGCUUUGGCCUCUCAAAGUGUUAGGAUUACAGGCGUGAUCCUCUGCUCCCAGGCUGCACUUGGCAUUUUCUGUAAGUUCUGUUUUUGGUAAUAAAAUUUUAGGAAUAAGGAACAUUUCAUAGACACAUCAUAAGAGGCCAGGCACAGUGGCUCAUGCCUGUAAUCCUAGCACAUCGGGAGGCUGAGGUGGGCGAAUCACUUGAGGCCAGGAGUUCAAGACCAGCCUGGGCAACAUUGUGAAUCCCUGUCUUCACAAAAAAUUAGCUGGGUGUGGUGGUGUGCACCUGUAGUCCUAGCCACUCAAGGGGCUGAUGUGGGAGGAUCACCUGAGCCCAGCAGGUCAAGGCUGCAGUGAGCCAUGUUAACUCCAGUGCGCUCCAGCCUGGGCAACAGUGUGAGAACUUGUUUCAAAAACAAAAGAACAAAACAUCAUAAGAAGUGUUUAAAAUGUUUAACUUUGAGAUCUUGUAAUAAUAAUGUACCUUGUAGUUUAUAAAUUGCUUUUACAUAUUUUGUCUCUGUUUUCCUUAGAAGACUUGAGUUAUUCAUUUUACAGGUGAGGAAACUAAGGCCUAGAGCAAGUAAGAAGUAGUGCUAGAAUUGGAACCAAGAUCUUCUGAUUCAUAUUCAGGCUUUCAGUCCAGUGUAAAGCUGUUGGAGCGCGGGAGCAAAGGUAAAGAAUGAUGUAAUGCGCUGGCUGCCCCAAAGCAUCUUUUGUUGUGGAAUGGUUAUUCCAGUCAUCUCUUUAUGAAUCAAAUGUGAGGGGCUGCUUUGUGGAUGGAGUCCUUUGCAAGAGCACAUCAACGGGAAAGAGAAAGAGACAUUCACUUGGAGGGCUCUUGCUGAAAAUGGGUUUAACUCUCCUUUUGCCAGUCACCACCAGCCUGACCUCAUACACUUUUAGUACAAUGGAGUGGCUGAGCCUUUGAGCACACCACCAUUACAUCAUCGUGGCAAAUUAAAGAAAGAGGUGGGAAAAGAGGACUUAUUGUUGUCAUGGCCCAUGAGAUGAUUGGAACUCAAAUUGUUACUGAGAGGUUGGUGGCUCUGCUGGAAAGUGGAACGGAAAAAGUGCUGCUAAUUGAUAGCCGGCCAUUUGUGGAAUACAAUACAUCCCACAUUUUGGAAGCCAUUAAUAUCAACUGCUCCAAGCUUAUGAAGCGAAGGUUGCAACAGGACAAAGUGUUAAUUACAGAGCUCAUCCAGCAUUCAGCGAAACAUAAGGUUGACAUUGAUUGCAGUCAGAAGGUUGUAGUUUACGAUCAGAGCUCCCAAGAUGUUGCCUCUCUCUCUUCAGACUGUUUUCUCACUGUACUUCUGGGUAAACUGGAGAAGAGCUUCAACUCUGUUCACCUGCUUGCAGGUGGGUUUGCUGAGUUCUCUCGUUGUUUCCCUGGCCUCUGUGAAGGAAAAUCCACUCUAGUCCCUUCCUGCAUUUCUCAGCCUUGCUUACCUGUUGCCAACAUUGGGCCAACCCGAAUUCUUCCCAAUCUUUAUCUUGGCUGCCAGCGGGAUGUCCUCAACAAGGAGCUAAUGCAGCAGAAUGGGAUUGGUUAUGUGUUAAAUGCCAGCAGCACCUGUCCAAAGCCUGACUUUAUCCCUGAGUCUCAUUUCCUGCGUGUGCCUGUGAAUGACAGCUUUUGUGAGAAAAUUUUGCCGUGGUUGGAUGAAUCAGUGGAUUUCAUUGAGAAAGCAAAAGCCUCCAAUGGAUGUGUCCUAGUGCACUGUUUGGCUGGGAUCUCCCGCUCUGCCACCAUCGCUAUCGCCUACAUCAUGAAGAGGAUGGACAUGUCUUUAGAUGAAGCUUACAGAUUUGUGAAAGAAAAAAGACCUACUAUAUCUCCAAACUUCAAUUUUCUGGGCCAACUCCUGGACUAUGAGAAGAAGAUUAAGAACCAGACUGGAACAUCAGGGCCAAAGAGCAAACUCAAGUUGCUGCACCUGGAGAAGCCAAAUGACCCUGUCCCUGCCGUCUCAGAGGGUGGACAGAAAAGCGAGUCGCCUCUCAGUCCACCCUCUGCCGACUCUGCUACCUCAGAGGCAGCAGGGCAAAGGCCUGUGCAUCCCACCAGCAUGCCCAGCAUGCAGCCGCCGCUGUUAGAGGACAGUCCGCUGGUACAGGCACUCAGUGGGCUGCACCUGUCCACAGACAGGCUAGAAGACAGCAAUAAGCUCAAGCGUUCCUUCUCUCUGGAUAUCAAAUCAGUUUCAUAUUCAGCCAGCAUGGCAGCGUCCUUACAUGGCUUCUCAUCAGAAGAUGCUUUGGAAUACUACAAACCUUCCAGUACUCUGGAUGGGACCAACAAGCUAUGCCAGUUCUCCCCUGUUCAGGAACUAUCGGAACAGACUCCUGAAACCAGCCCCGAUAAGGAGGAAACCAGCAUCCCCAAGAAGCCGCCGACCACCAGGCCUUCAGACAGCCAGAGCAAACGAUUGCACUCGGUCAGAACCAGCAGCAGUGGCACCACCCAGAGGUCUCUUUUAUCUCCGUUGCAUCGAAGUGGGAGCGUGGAGGACAAUUACCACACCAGCUUCCUUUUUGGCCUGUCCACCAGCCAGCAGCACCUCACGAAGUCUGCUGGCCUGGGCCUCAAGGGCUGGCACUCAGAUAUCUUGGCCCCCCAGACUUCCACCCCUUCCCUGACUAGCAGCUGGUAUUUUGCCACGGAGUCCUCACACUUCUACUCUGCCUCAGCCAUCUAUGGAGGCAGUGCCAGUUACUCUGCCUACAGCUGCAGCCAGCUGCCCACUUGCGGGGACCAAGUCUAUUCUGUGCGCAGGCGGCAGAAGCCAAGUGACAGAGCUGACUCGCGGCGGAGCUGGCAUGAAGAGAGCCCCUUUGAAAAGCAGUUUAAACGCAGAAGCUGCCAAAUGGAAUUUGGAGAGAGCAUCAUGUCAGAGAAUAGGUCGCGGGAAGAGCUGGGGAAAGUGGGCAGUCAGUCUAGCUUUUCGGGCAGCAUGGAAAUCAUUGAGGUCUCCUGAGAAGAAAAACACUUGCGACUUCUAUGGACAAUUUUUUUUUCUGGUUCACAAAAGAAUUCCCUGUAAAUCUGAAAUAUAUAUAUGUACAUACAUAUAUAUUUUUAGAAAAUGGAGCUAUGGUGUAAAAGCAAAAGGUGGAUCAACCCAGUUGUUACUCUCCUAACAUCUGCAUUUGAGAGAUCAGCUAAUACCUCUCUCAACAAAAAUGGAAGGGCAGACGCUAGACUCCCCCAGACAGUCAUCUGAUUCAGUGACUCACACAUCAUCUUGUUCUUAAAAAGAAAGUGUAUUUGGUGUCGGAGGACAAAAUCCUCUACCAUUUUCACAUACUAAGAGAUCUCAAACAUUAGUCUCUGUCUGGUCCCUUCCAUAGUACACCUUAGCGCCGAGACUGAGCCAGCCUGUGGGUCAGGUAGGUAGACCCUGUUAGGGACAGAGCCUAGUGGUGAAUCCAAGAGAAACGAUCCUUUCCAAAGCUGAUUCACAAACCCACGCUCACCCGAUAGCCGAGGGACACAGCAUCACUCUGCUGGAUGGACCAUUAGGGGUCUUGCCAAGGUCUACUUUAGAGCAAACCCAGUACCUCAGACAGGAAAGUUGGGGCUUUGACCACUGCCAUAUCUGGUAGCCCGUUUUCUAGGCAUUGUGAAUAGGUAGGUAGCUAGUCACACUUUUCAGACCAAUUCAAACUCUAUGCACAAAAUUCCAGUGGGCCUGGAUGGAAGCAGUUAAUUUUGUUUCCUUCUCAGCUUUAUGAAGAGAAGGGAAAGUGUCUAGGAUUCAGCUGAACAGCCAGGAACCUGGCAGCGUCAUGAUUAAAGCUAAGGUUGGGAGGCUAACGAGUCUCCCUCCCUCUGUAUAAAUCAAAGAAUUGUUUAAAUGGGAUUGUCAAUCCUUUAAAUAAAGAUGAACUUGGUUUCCAGCCAAAUGUGAAUUUAUUUGGGUUGGUAACCAAGCAGCAGCACCUUCCACUUCUCAGCCAGAGUAGAUAUUUUUGCCAUUUCUACUUCACUGCAUGGACAGUUGGUAAAAUGUAACAAUACAGCAGAAUUUUACAGGAAACUACCAAGGGAGGUAAAUUAUGAGAAGAUUAAGAAAGGUAAAAAUUGCUGAGGAGAAGCAGGAAACCUAUUUCCUUAAUGGCUUUUAUCCCCUUGGCAUGCGAGGGGGUGGUGUUUCUGUAAUUAAUUGCCUCAGACUUUCGAAUUUACUAGUAGGGCUGAGAAAGGCUUUAGUGAGCAAGGAAUAUUCAGAAUAAAACUGUUAAGAAAGCUGAGAAGACCGUUGAGUUUUGAUCAGUUAUGAGCAGAGUGCAAAGCCAUGGCCAAGCUAUUUUCAGAAACUCUGGCUGGCAUGUCUUCAGUGGAAGGGGCGAAUCCAAAUGGAGCUGGAGCAAGGGGCAUCCUCAGCCCUCAGCCUACAAUCACUGUGGACUCGGUCCUGGCAGCUGAACGUAGGAGGUCACUGGAACAAGUGCGCAAGUGAUAGUGCAAAUCUGCUUUCAAACUUCCUCCUGGCUUUGGGUUUUGUCCACUACAAUGUGGGUCCUCUUUUGAAGCCUAAUUCAUGACAGCAGCUUUUUUGGGAGUGAGACUGGGCGGGUGCUGUCAUUGUUCUUUCCUUUCCUGUAAGUGUCGCUAGUUGCUGCCUCGUAUCUCAGGUUUUUCUCUGUUUGAGAAAUGGACAGUUUUUUGACCAGGAUGUGACUUCAUGUUUCCUAUGGUGACUUCUAAAACCAGCACAGAAUGACAUGACUCAACAGAGACUGGCGUGGUCACGGGGAAGAUGAGCCGUACAGACAUUAGCUGUGCACAAAUAAUGUGCCGUGAUGGGUGAUGGGGUGGGUGUAAGUGAAGGCAGAAGAGGGUUGGCCACAUUGCUAAGGACACUGGGAAAGAGCUGGUCAAUGAUUCGAGUUAGUUUUUAUACAUACAUUCAAUGUAAUCACAUUCUCAAGUUUCACACAGUAAUUUCUGAUGUUAUGUACACACACACACAAAUGUGUAAUGGUUCACCACUUGCGGAAUGUGGUCACCUCCAAAACAUUUUUAAGAAAUGAAAGCAGUAGCUCCUUGCUAAGGAUGUUUCAGGAGGUUUGAGGGACUGGGUUUUAAUGAGCUGCUGUCAUUUAGGGCGUCCCUUGGCCAUGGUCCUCUUCUGUGACUGUGAUGUAGUCACACACUACAGCCUUCAGUGCUGGUUCGCUCGUGUCAAAUCAUUUCGUGGAAUGAAGACUGCCGUGGUGAAGGGGCAGCCUCGGAGGCCGGCUCUGGAGCUGCUUGGGUGUCUUUGGACAGGGUGGUGGCUGGCUCUCUUCAGCACAUAAUCGGGUAAUCCUGGCACCUACUAGGGUGAUAUAGAUGAUGGUGAUUUUAAAGAGCAAAACUAGACUUAGACUUCUAGGUGAGAAAUGCUGGAAAACGACUUAGGACAUGUGUAAAGCUAGAUGGAAAGACUGUAAAUGUUUAAUAUGAAUAUAGUGUUCUUUUGAAGUAAGGCCAGCUGUUGAAUGGUUAAAUUGUGCAUUUCUCAUUUUGAUGUGUCAUGUAUGUUAAUGUAUGAAAUGAUGAAAUAAAAUCAAAACUGGUACCUGUUUAUACAUAAA